CACUGUACGAGAGCUUUGAAUGUACCACCAUACUGGUUUGACUACGAACUUUACCAGGCGCUGCCUGCUGACAUUCUUGAUAUCACAGUACCUAUAUUGGGCAAUUAUUUGGUUUGGCAGACAACUACCCGACCCGCCCUCGUGGGGGUCCAGUGCAGGGAUGAUAAGGGGGUCGUUGAAUUGUGACUCAGUCACGCGAGCACUCGUCACGUCUUUUGAUCGGAUAGGCUGCUGCGCUUGCAAUGACUGGGUUUCGAGUCUUUUCGUGUCAUACGAGGUGUACUGGAAUACCCCAGCAUCCUGACUCCGCUGAGCGAUCACGAGUGCUACUACUACUAGUUCUCUCGAGGCUUUCGCGCAGCAUUCCGACGACGGUUCAGUGUCCCCCUUAAUUCUGCUCCCUGAAGCCCUUCCAUGGAUGAGAGAGUGUACAGACGUCAACGUUCAAACGUCCUCCGGGCACGAUGUCGCAUCACAUGCAACUGGGACACUGAGGCUCAGAGAAGAGAGCUCGGUAUACGAACUUCAAAACAUCAUCAAAGUACCUGCUAUCGCAUGAGAUAUUCCGAGGCUCUUCGUCAGAUUGGCAAGCCCGAGCUAUCGAGAUAUCAUUGUGAUGUAUCGUUGAUCCCACAUUCUCGUCCUGUCGUUGUUGCCUGGUUCAGAGAAUGAGAUAUCUAACACCACUAAAGAAUGAUACAAAAAAAAAUCUCAUACUUUGGCCUCCGGUAACCUGCAUUGGUCCCAGUCAAGCUUGGCCCUCUGACAGCAAAAAUCGAGUCCACGUAUCGCAUAUCUA